CGCGCGCUCGCCAGCUGGAGCCAGUGAGCCGGAGCGGGGAGCGAGAGCGGGCACAGGCGCUCCCGUCCCGUCAGGAUGUUGCUCCUCCCAGACUGGAUGCUGGAGAUGCUGGUGCUGGACAAGACCCUCGCCUGGACUGCGGCUUCUUCCGUCCUGUCGCUUUCCCUUCUGGGCCUGCUCUUCUAUCUCCUCCUGAAAGCCUUUGGCUUUUUCCACGACUAUUACGUCCUCUGCCAGAGACUGCGAUGCUUCCCAGAGCCCCCACGUGACAACUGGCUCUUGGGACACCUGGGCUUGUUUCAGCCCUCCGAGGAGGACAUGGUCCGGAUAGCCCAGCUGGUCUCCACCUUUUCCUCGGCCAUGGUGACGUGGAUGGGGCCCUUCCUGCCAAUCGUGUCCCUGUUCCAUCCAGAUUACAUCAAGCCCAUCGCAACAGCCUCAGCUGACUUGGCUCCCAAGGACAAGCUCUUCUACGGCUUCCUGAAGCCCUGGCUUGGCGAUGGAUUACUUCUGAGCGCUGGCAAGAAGUGGGGACGUCACCGGCGCAUGCUUACCCCGGCCUUUCAUUUUGACAUCCUGAAGCCCUACCUGAAAAUCUUCAACCAGAGCACGGACAUCCUGCACGGCAAGUGGCGCAAGCUCACCACAGCCGGUGCGGUCUCGAUGGACAUGUUCGAGCAGAUCAGCCUCAUGACCCUGGACAGCCUGCAGAAAUGCGUCUUCAGCUACGACAGCAACUGCCAGGAGAGAUCAAGUGACUACAUCGCAGCCAUCUUGGAGCUCAGUUCCCUGGUUGUGCGUCGGCAGUUUAAUCUACUCCACUACUUUGACUGCUUCUACUACCUGACAGCCGAUUGGCGCCGCUUCCGUCAUGCUUGUAACAUUGUGCACACUUUCACAGCGGAUGUAAUCCAGCAGCGGCGAGAGGCGCUGAGCCAAAUGGGCCAUGAUGCCUGGCUCUGCUCCAAAAAGGGCAAGACCAUGGAUUUCAUUGAUGUCCUUCUGCUAGCCAAGGAUGAAAAGGGACGACACCUCUCCGAUGAAGACAUUGCAGCAGAGGCUGACACCUUCAUGUUUGAAGGACAUGACACCACAGCCAGUGGGUUGUCAUGGGUGCUGUAUAAUCUGGCUCGACACCCCAAGUAUCAAGACCAGUGCCGUGAGGAGAUUCAGGAUCUGCUGCGAGACCGGGAGACGGAAGAGAUUGAAUGGGGGGACUUGUCGCAGAUGCCCUUCACCACCAUGUGCAUCAAGGAAAGCUUGCGCCUGCACCCACCGGUCACCCUUGUCUCUCGCCGCUGCACUGAGGAUGUGAAGCUGCCUGACGGACGAGUCAUCCCCAAAGGGACUGUCUGCCUCAUCAGUAUCAACGGGACCCAUCGUAACCCUGCUGUCUGGCCUCAGCCGGAGGUCUAUGACCCGUACCGCUUUGAUCCAGGGAACUGCCAGCAGCAGCCCCCCCUGGCCUUUCUGCCCUUUUCAGCCGGACCCAGGAACUGCAUCGGGCAGAACUUUGCCAUGGCGGAGCUCAAAGCGGUCCUGGCGCUGACUCUCCUGCGGUUCAGAGUGGGGCUGGACGAGAGCCAACCCGUGCGGCGGAUGCCCGAACUAAUCCUGCGGGCAGAGAAUGGCCUCUGGCUGCGGGUGGAGCCCCUGCGGGCGGCGGCAUCAUGACCAGAGAAGAGAAAAGAGGAAACAACCCCCCCCCCCGCGGAAUAAGGCCUUUAGCCUCCACUGUCAUGUCGAAAGGGGCUCUGUGGUGCCACAAUAAACGUAACCAUAGAUUUGUCCGUC